AAAAAAAAAAAAAAAAAAACUUGAAAACUCAACUCCAUCGCCCGCUUUCCAGACGUCGCGAUAUCACUCUGUCAAAUCCCUUUCUGCCUUCUCCAUCUCAUACCCACCGCAUCGUCACCGUCAUAGCACAGGCUGAGCAAAUAGCAACCCACAUAAUUGGGUCUGCAGUUAUAGAGAGAUGCAGAAAUUGGGUGAUUUCAAGCUUCCAGCGUUCUUCAAUUACCCACCAUACUUUACCUUGCAACCAGUGAGAGACACUCGAGAGAAGCAGGUACAGCUUUGGAAGGAACUUAUUCUUGAUUACUGUAGAACUCAAAAAAUAUUUGUGAUUGGACUGGAGGAAGAGUUUCCUCUAUUCUCGAAUCCUGUUAUUGAAAGAUCUCUUAGUAAUGAGGCUAGAGAAGCAUUUCUGUCAGCUUUAGUUUCAGAAGGGCGAGCAGAAUGGUUGGAUAAAGGACAUAGGAAAUGCCUUAUCCUCUGGCACCGGAUUCAGGACUGGGCUGAUAUUAUUUUACGCUUUGCAAAAGACAAUGGAUUAGAGGAUACUGUAACGACAGUGGAAGAAAUCCGAACUGGAAUUGAAUCUCGAGGGACAGAGCUUCAGGGGAUGGAUCGCACAGUUCUCAUGCGAGCUCUAAAACUACUGGAACAUAAGGGGAAGCUUACAAUCUUCAAGGGCACUUCAGCUGAUGAUGAAGGCGUGAAGUUCUCUGUGUAAUUGAUCAACCAUAUCGAUUCAUAAAGUUUAUUAACAGCAUGUCACAGGCUGUCUUGCUGUCACUGUUUGAUCUAAAAGUUAAUGUACAUAAUUUUCCUUGGCAUGUAAUGAACUGGACCAAUAAUUCUAGUGGUUUUGUUUCUUUCUUCUGGCUUUUGGAAGAUAUAAGCUUAAAAGUAAGGUGGGCAGAAGAAUUAAUGAA